UGAAUGCCAAAACAAAGAGUGCAAUUGCUGUAAUCUGUAACUAUGUUUUAAAGAAACUUUUGGUCUCUAAUUAUUGCUGUCUUUCUGUUCCUAUCAUGAUUGGUAAAUGGUUUGCUUCAAGUGAUACAGCUAAUGUUUGUAGUUUACCCCAGGUUGAAUUGGCAUUAAUCGAAGUCUGAUCUUAUCUCUGAAGAAAUAUGGAUGUUGAGACACGGAAAAGAUGGAAACUAGUGGUGCCUUGUAUUUUGAAAAACAAAUCAGCAUCUCGUUGUUUAUUCACAAAGGUGAAGCCAUCUAGUUUCAAUCCGGGCUGUGCUCCAGUGUAUCUCAAUGUCUAUGACCUAACACCCGUCAAUGGCUACUUCUACUGGGCAGGCCUUGGUAUCUUUCAUUCUGGUGUGAAAGUUCAUGGUGUGGAAUAUGCAUUUGGAGCUCAUGAGUACCCAACAAGUGGUGUUUUUGAGGUCGAACCACGACAGUGCCCAGGGUUCAAAUUCAGGAAAUCGAUAUUCAUCGGGACUACAUUGUUGGACCCUAUCAAAAUAAGGGAGUUCAUGGAGCUUAAUUUGGCAAGGUAUCAUGGAGAUACGUAUCACUUGCUCCUCAAGAACUGCAACCAUUUCUGUAAGGAUAUUUGCUACAAGCUGACGGGGAAACACAUUCCAAAAUGGGUAAAUCGACUGGCAGGGAUAGGUUCAAUGUGCAACUGCGUUCUUCCCGAAGCCCUUAAGACUUCCGUUGUGCGGCACGAUCCAAACUAUCAACCAUACGAUAGUGACAAAAGGAGGCUGAGAUGUGCCUUCAGUUGCCUAUCUUCCAUGUCCAUGCAGCAAAAGUCUUUGUUACUUCUACAAUCACCCUUAAGAGGCUGCUUACCUCCCUGGGAUUCAAAGAAAUCAAACAAUGUUUUUCUGUUGAAAUGAUAAGAGCUUCUUUGCCAUUCAAGUUUUACAUUCACAAUGAUUGGAGAAUUCUCUGUGUAUCGUUAAAAUCUGCAUUU